CACCCAGGCUCUGCGAACAACAGCGCACGGGCUGCGCAAGCUGUCUCCGCCGCUCUCUCGAACCCGUACGGUCAGGCAUAUGGCGCACAGGCUGCAUACCCCCAGGCCUCUCAUUACGCGCAAGCAUACAGCCAAUACUAUAACGGAGCGGGUCCCUCGCAUGUUACGGCAGAUGGGUACACCAUGUCAUCCACAUAUGUUCCGGGGACCCAGUAUCAUACCCCUCAGCCGGCGCGACAGCCGGUACAGAGACCGCCAACCCAUAGCGGAGGCGGAGGCGGCGGAGGAGGCCAAGGUCAGCCAGGUUGGUACCAGCCGGGGACGUUUCGGUGUACAAACCCCGGGUGCUCGUUCAUGGGGUCGAAAAAGAGCCUGGAGGUACACAUGAUGGACAGACAUCUCAUCUACCCGCCUGGGUGGGAACACCGGAAGAAGAGACAAGACUGGGAUGCCGACCCCAGUCUCAAAGGAAAACCUGUCCCUAUCCAGGGAACGAGCAUCAAGCUCGACACCCCAGAGGCAAUCGAGCAGUGGAUCGCGGAGCGCAAGAAGCGUUUCCCGACCGCGCAGAACGUGGACGACAAGCAGCGCAAGAUGCGCGAGGCUAUCGAGCGCGGACAAAUACCGUUCGACGACCCAUCCCGCCGAAAACGGCGCCGGGUUGACGACAGCCCCGGAGAACGAGGCGGGAGCUCUAGAGGAGGCCGGGGAACCCAGCGCGGACGCGGGAGAGGCAGGGGCAGGGGCCGAACCCAGGACGGAGGGUGGGAAGGUCGAAGGCCUGCAGGACAACCCGCCGAAAAUCCAGAGGCCUCCGCGGUCGCCGCCGUACCACCAUCCAAUCCCGAGCCUGCGUCAAACGGACAUCGAGACGAAGAGGCGUCGUCCGGCGAGGACGCGAAUUCAGACUCGGAUUCGGACGGCGUGCCAGAAGUCGUGUCCUCGAAGGCACCGCCUCGUGCUUUGGAGAUGCAGGACGAGAAUUCGAUGGAGGUCGAUGAGGAGGUUCUCACAAGGAACGACGCGGUAGUCGUUCCCUCAAAAGUCGCUGGUCCUACCGCGAAACCGAUCACGAAACCCCGACCCAAACAACCCCGCAGGCCACUAUACAAUCCGUUUGCACAGCGAGCCUCGCUCCUGCGCAAUUUGUUGCUGCCGGAAAUUCGCGUGACCGUGUCGAAUCUCUCGCAGGCGAUACACUUUCUGGUAGACAACGACUUCCUGGACGACGUCGAGCUCAAACCCGGACAAGCGAAUGAACGUAAGAUACAGGUCAUUGGAGAGCAAUCUACAUCGACGGACGCCGUCGCCGCGACCGUUUCCGCUGCGCCAACGGAGGAG